AGUCGCGCCUCGCGAAACCAAUCGAGUGUCGUCACGCGUUUGCGCCGGCUCCAAGCACCGAGCAACCAACCAACUAACUCGGCCCUGUACUGGACUCUGGACACAACGCAAAUGUCGGCCUCCAUCAGCUCAGAAACUCAGCUCUUGGCCGAGCAUUUUGGGUAUCCCCCAGUUAGCCUCCUCGAUGAUAUAAUCAACAGUAUCAACAUCCUGGCCGAGCAGGCCCUGAACGGCGUCGAGAAGGCCCUGCUCGGCACCAAGCCCGCCAGCCUGGGCUUCCGCGACCAACAGCCACCACCGCCGGCAAAGUCGAAGCGCGCCCCGCUGCCGCCGCCGCCUGCCGCCACCGCCGAGGAGGCGCACCGGCACGAGAUCGAGAAUGGCACCCACCAACUCGAGACACUGCUAUGCGCCAGCAUCGACCGCAACUUUGACAUCUUCGAGCUCUAUGUCAUGCGCAACAUCCUCACUGUGCGCCCCGACCAUCGCGACUGGAUCAGGCUCUCGCAUUACGAGGGCCUAGACUUCGCCGCCGCCGCUAGGAGUAGGAAAGGCGCUGUGGGCGGGACUGGUCCGACUAGCGCCGAGGGGGCAUCAGCAGUUGCGGAUGAGCAGGGAGGGGGCAGCGGGCCGCCACCGGCCGCGGCUGCGGAUGAGAACGGCUCAUCCGAAGACGUCGUCAUGUCCGGUGAGGCCACAGACCACGACACACCCAGUAUCGCGUCAGUGGCUCGCCUGCGCCGACGGCUGCAAGCAAGCCAAAAGCUGAACGUGAUGCUGCAUGCCGAGCGGGCGCGCAACGCGGCGCUGCUGGAUGAGCUGCGCACAUUCCUGCACGGUAGCGGUGGCGCCGACGGGGGCAGCGCAACAGCAGGAGGUGCGGCGACGGCGGUCAAGAGCGAAGGCGGCGCGGCGGGACAGGACGGGGCAGCUGCCGCGCCCUCGCUCGCCUUCCUCCGCAACAAGGGCGAGCUGACAGUUAGCGACGCCGAGACGCCCUUGACGACCACGACCGCCUUCACCCUCUCGCAACUGCAAGCCCUCCGUGCAUUGUCGACGUCGCUGCGCACCAUGAUGCCCGACCUCGUCCAGCACAAGCAGGGAAGUACAGGAGGUGGCAGCAGCGACGACGCCGCUGCGGCGCGUGCUGCCGGGAGGAGAGCUUGGAGGACGGAGCGGCUAGAGUACGUCGAGGGCGCCGCCCGGAAACACCUCGAAAACGUCCGGGGGCUGCACCUGGGGCCGGGCGGCGAGGUCCGCGACGGCGAGUGGCAGGGCGAGGGCAGGAGUCUCGCCAGGGGUGAGGUCGAGGGCCUCGAAACGGUGGUUGCUGCUAUCGGGGGCAACAACGGCCCCACGCAGGCGCAGAAACCGGCAAGAGAUGACGACGAAAUGGACGAAUCCUGAGAUCACUUCCCGUCCUUCACCAGUGGUAGGCAGUACCUAUUUUGGGAGCGACCGCAGUUUGCGUCUGCCCAUCGAGGGGCAUCUUGAGGGAGCGAGUCUCGUCUAAUUCAUGUCGAUUCUGGCUAGCUUACAUCAAGCUCGUUCGCAAACAAGGGUCUCAAGACAGAUCACCGGGGGUCACUGCCAUGCAGGCCGCACUCGGUGGCGAAUUCAAAGAAGCUGUGAUUCAUGAACCUCCCUUUCAGUUCCGAGUCUUCCGCAAGAGCCAGGCGCUCACCCUUGACCCGUUUGACCAGGGCGUCUGCCUCUGGCACGCGGCGCUCCCUUACGAGUGCUAUCAAAAGUCUCUCAAGGACCGUCAAUGUGAAGGAUGUCGUGGUGCGCAUGUUGGACAGCACACCGAGCGCGCCGUCCACGUCGUCCACGCCCAGGUAGCCGUUCAUGACACGCUCCCAGAAGAUGUGGUCAAUGGCUGGAUUGUUGAACAGCCGGUGGUUAUCGAUCAGCGACCGGACACGGUCUACGUCGGGCGGGUCUCGUGAGAGAUAGUGCUGGGCCAAGAUGGUGUAUGCGAAAGCGUUUGGUUUUUGUGUCAGGGCGAGGAUGUGCUUGGCGAUAUGGCUGACCACCUGAUCCGCGUUUCUGCCCCCCGACUUCAGAAUUAGAAACAGCAGUUUGUUGUACGCGUAUUGGUUCUUGGCUGUGCUGAACUUGUCAAUGAGUUUGAAAAUUGACUGAACCACUUUCAUCUUCUCUUCAUCCCCCUCCUUGCC